CUCACGUUGACAGUAACUGCAUUUUCUACUUAAAGAUGUUUUAAUGAAAGAAAUAUACAUUUAAUUAAAUUAUAUUUACCGAAUGGAAUAUGAUUAGACGCAGACUAUUUAGAUUUAUCGCACGAGCAACAUCACGGUAUAUAGGACAGUAUGACAUCAUAUAUCUCAAACAUGAAAAACAAUCUGUGGUUCAAAUUUCAAGGUUUACGGAUAACGUAGAAAUACCGGUAUGCAACCACCAGAGAUAUAUCCAUACGAGCAGGCUUUUGCUCGCUAUCGAAGAUGUGAAGGCACCGACGUUUCCAGACUCCGUGUCUAGUGGCGAUAUAAAGUUAAUAAAAAAUGAAGGAGAUGCAGUUGCAAUGGACGAGGUGGUGCUGGAGAUCGAGACUGAUAAAACAGCUCUGCCUGUUAUGUCACCAGGCAAUGGGAAGAUUGUUAAAAUGCUCGUUAAAAAUGGGCAAUCUGUCAAAUCUCAGCAGCCAUUGUUUCAGGUUGACGUCACUGGCGUGGCACCAGCAAAGCCCGCUGCGGCGCCAUCUCCAGCCGCUGCUCCUGCCAAGCCAGCAGCUGCCCCAGCCGCUGCUGCACCCGCCCCCGCUGCUGCAAGACCUGCUGCUGCUGCUCCUGCCCCCGCUGCCGCAAGACCUGCUGCUGCUGCGGCAGCUCCAGCAAAAGCUACAAAAGCAGCCGGUCCAACGUUGGCAGCACAGAGACUUGGCGAUCCAACGCAAAUGAUAUCCGGCUCCCGUACGGAGUUUCCGGUUCCGAUGAACAAAAUGAGAAAAAUCAUCGCUGAAAGACUGAAGGAUGCACAGAAUACUUGUGCUAUGUUGACAACCUUUAAUGAAUGUGAUAUGAGUAAGCUGAUGGCAUUCCGCAAAGCGAAUCUGGCGGCCUUCACGAAGAAAUGGGGGGUAAAACUAUCCUUCAUGUCACCGUUCCUCAAGGCAUCUGCAAAUGCUUUACUUGACCAACCAGUCUUGAAUGCAGUUAUCAUUGGGUCUGAUGUUAUUUACAGAGACUAUGUGGAUAUAUCUGUAGCUGUGGCGACUCCAAAAGGUUUAGUAACACCUGUGUUGCGAAAUGUGGAAUCGAUGGACUACCCUCGCAUCGAACUUGCGAUGAACGCGCUCGCGGAGAAAGCAAGAGCGGGGAGAAUGCAACUAUCGGAAAUGCAAGGAGGGACAUUCACAAUUAGCAACGGAGGUGUCUUCGGUUCGCUGUUGUCCAUGCCCAUAAUUAAUAUGCCUCAGUCCGCAAUUUUGGGCAUGCAUGCGAUUUUCCAACGACCAGUCGCAAUAGAUGGCAAGGUUGAAAUAAGACCUAUGAUGUAUCUAGCGCUGUCGUAUGACCACAGAUUAGUAGAUGGGCGUGAAGCUGUUCUCUUCCUUCGGAAAGUGAAAUCGGGAGUCGAAGAUCCAACAUCAAUUAUAGCGGGACUUUAAUAGCUUAUACCUAGGUUUAGGUACAUUCCAGAGCAACGACAAUUUACUGUAUCUUCCAGUUCUUGCACAGCGCUUACCCUGUCUUUAUCACAUUACAGUGGAGGAACGUUAUUGGUUUUAUGGUGUUCAUAACUUUUAUUGUUUAGGACAAUCCCUAACAGACUCAUAUUAGCUUCUAAAUGAUUUUGAUGUAGCGUAAUUUUUAUCAAUUCCGAAAAUAACAUUUGUGUGCUCCAGUUGUCUGAUUUUACCUAUUUAUAUAUGU